AUGAGGUUUGGAAAGAAAGGGAAGCUCAGUCCUAAGUUUAUAGGCCUAUAUGAAAUACUAGAUAGAGUUGGAAAAGUGGCCUAUAGACUAGCCCUACCCACUGAAUUAAGCCGUGUUCAUAAUGUGUUCCAUAUAUCUCAGUUGAGACGGUACAUCCCAGAUAAAUCGCAUGUGUUGCAACCUGAAACAGUUCAAAUUGAUGAGAACUUGUCUUACGAAGAAAGUCCUAUUAAGAUUUUAGACGGUAAGGUUAGAAGUACCCGGAAUAAGGACGUUAAAAUCGUUAAGGUGCUCUGGUCUAACCAGAAGUCUGAAGAAGCAACAUGGGAAGCAGAGGCUGAGAUGCGAAAGAAAUAUCCAGAGUUGUUUGCAAAGGAAGUUGGUGGAAAUAUGUCUGACUUGCUUUAUCUCUUCAAUUGCUUGCUUUAA